AUGAAGUCUUUUUUCGCCCUUGCUCUGCCUCUUCUGGCUGCGGCUGCCCCCGCGCCCAUCACUGAGCCCCGGACCGAUGCCGAUGCCAACCCCAACUUCAGCGUCAUGGCUGUCCGCUCCGCCUCGCCCAUCCAUUACACUCAGCUCAAUGCUGCGGGUCAGAGAUUCUGGUUGGGUGGCAACACCGCCUCUUAUUGUCCUCACCUCAAUGGUCUCGAGUGUCCCCCUGGUAACCAGACCGUCUUGACUGCCGGCGGUAACUCUCUGGAUGUCGAGGUUCCCGGUGGCCAACAAGUCUACGUCGCUGCCUCAGGCGCAUUGGGUUUCACUCAGGCUCAUUCCGCUAGCAUGCCCCCCGGAUCUGCCGUCGGCGGCCUCUCGUACGUCCCCGGCAAGCCAUGGGCCCACUACACCUUCAAUGGCUGGAAUGCAACUGGCCUGAUGGCCUGCCCGACCGAGGACAACCGCUGGCAAGUGUUUGCCGCUAUGCAGAAUGCUACCGUGCCCCAGGGUAAGGUUGAAGACUGCCUCGGCUUCUCGGCCUUGGCCCUGACGUACAAGGGCGAUGUACCUGCUUGGCAAUACAUCUAG